AUGGCAGAGUUUGGGGACUUUUGUGAGGAAAAACUGAUCCAGCACAUUUCUGAUGGUAAAGAUGGAAAGAUAAAUGGCGACAACCUGGAUCUUUAUGUACGUGCCAAUGACAUCCGUCUUGACCAUACCAAUAAAGAUAUCCACUACUUUGCCUCAGAUUGGACAGCAGAUCGGAUAAACUUGGACAAGUAUGACAACACAAAACCCCUUCAAGAUGUUAAUGCCAUUGAUAUCAGCACUUUCCUUCUGUCAUUGGAGGAGACAAAAAUAUACAUGAACUCACUGAAAAUUGUGUUGGCAAGAGUUCUCGUCAAGUAUGUGGAUGAGCUCGAGUGGAUGAGAUCAGUCAUUCCAAAUCAUAUCCAGCACCCAUUAGAGGACACUAUGGCCCAGAAAUCAUGUAUAUGUUGGCUCCCGAUACAGCUGAAAAAUGAGGCAUUCAACUCAGACUGCAUUCAGAUUAUGGACUGUUAUGAGAAAAUGAUUUCAAAGUGGUACCAAACUGCAGGGAGAGGAGCAGAUUUGGAAAAUUUGCUUGUGCCUGUUGGAGGCGACCAGUUGACUCGUGUCCGGCUGCAGAGUGCAGGUACAUUGAGAGCAGGAGCCCAUACUGCUCAAGAAAGAUUAGAGCAUUUGCAACCAGUUAUCUGUGAAAUGUUCCACACACUGCAAGACUUCAUUGAGAUUCUUCAACACCAGCAGUGGUAGGGAUCCUGGAACUCUUUACCAGAUGAAGAUGUUAAUCCAGAGGACAAAUGUGAAUGGC